AUGUCGUUGGGGACCUCUCGUACGUCUCGCUCGGCGACGUGCUUUGCUCUAGGCCUUCUCUUCGGCCUCCUCGUCCCCGUACCGGCCUUCGUGCCGCCUUCUGGUGCAGGAAGGCUGGCCUCGGCACACGGGCACAGAGGGCAUGCGGGUACCCGGGCAGACACGCGAGUUUUCUUGCUACGGCCUCGGCCUGAAGGAGAGACAGACGCGGAGACGGGAGCAUACGAGCGCUUGCAGCAGAUGUACGAGAACGACGGGUCGACCGACUACAUCUUCGCGAACAACCGCGCGUGGGUGGAGGAGCGCCUGGCCCAAGACCCGGACACCUUCAAGAGGCUCGCCAACUCUCAGAAGCCAAGAUACAUGUACAUCGGCUGCAGCGACAGCCGUGUACCCGCCCAGAACAUGAUGGGUCUCAAUACCGGCGAGCUCUUCGUCGUUCGCAACGUGGCAAACCUGUGCGUGAACACGGACCACAGCCUGCUGGCGGCCCUGGCGUACGCUGUCAACGUUCUCGAGGUCACUGACAUCAUCGUGUGCGGGCACUACGGCUGUGGUGGCGUCCGUGCGGCAAUGGAGAACAUCGACCACGGGCUUCUGGAGCACUGGCUGCUGAACAUUCGAAACGUGGUCCGCCUCCACAACGAAGAGCUCCAGGGCAUUUCGGACAUGGACGAGAAAAGCAGGAGGCUGGUGGAACUGAACGUGCAGGAAUCGUGCAUCAACCUGUUCGCGAACCCAAUCGUGCAGAAGAAGCAGGCCACUCACUCCAUGCCCAAGAUUCAUGGCUGGGCAUACGAUGUGGGGAACGGACUUCUGAAGGAGCUUGACAUCGACUUCAAGGCGGAGAUCAGGAAGUACCGCGACGUGUACCGGCUGUACGAGUUCCCGCGGCGCCCGCCGUCGCACAACGGAGCCAACGGGUCGAUGGUUCCUCGCAGAAGAGACCGCCACCGAGUCGUAGAUCCAAAGGUGGCCCAGGGCUGGGCCAAGAACACCCUCAGAGACACCAACAACGUGCCUCAACAAUAGAACUCCGUGCCAGGUGUAGGAGCCCGCUCGGUUGUCAGUCAUUGAGCGGCGUCUAGGGAGUGUACCACGGCGGAAGAAUCUGCUAAGGUGUUUAGAAGCGAAUGAAGAAGUGAGAGACGGAUACAAAUAUAGAAGCGCAAGACCCCUUGUCGCCGACUCUAGCGGCAAGCCUUGCUUUGCGUAGGUUAGCGUUACUUUGCCAAGGUUAGGUUUUAGCCACGCUUAGCUUCUAGAAGCGUCGCGUCCGAGCAGUCAGAAAUACUACAAUAGAAGUAGAUUUCAACCUGAAGGGAUCGACUGCAUAGAGAGUCUCCGGCUCAUGAGCUCAGGCCUCUGGUACGGUCGGCCUUCAAAUCGCUCUGGACGCUUACGCUAUUUCAAGGACGUGAAAUGUGGGGGCACUGCAAUACGUAUCUCGACAGCCUGACGAGUUCCGCGGACAAUAGCU